GGCAUGAGGGUGGGUUUCGUGCCGAUGCCGACCAUGAAGGUGCCGGACAAGUUCUCGCUCGACGCCGGCAACCGGAGCGCGGAGGAGUGCGCGGCCAGGUGCGCCGCCAACUGCUCGUGCGAGGCGUACGCGUACGCCAACCUGCAGAGCAGCAGCGCCAAGGGUGAACUGAGCCGGUGCAUCGUGUGGGCAGGGGAGCUUGUCGACGCGCAGAUGAUCGGCCCGCGCUGGGGCGGCGAGACGCUCUACCUCCGCGUCCCCGUCGCUGCUGCUUCCACUUCCCCAGGUGGAAAGGCCAACAGAAAUGCCGUGAAAAUAGCAGUGCCGGUGUCAGCAGCUGUCCUGCUGGUAACAUGCAUUUUCUUUGUAUGGUUCUGCAGAUUCAGAGAAAAGAAAAGAAAAACCGAGAGCCAGAAGACGCUAAUGCCCGGGAUCAGAACCGGGACCACAAACACAUCGAGCGAAAUCGGGGAAGGAGAUCACACCGGAGACCUCGAGUUCCCGUCCAUACGGUUCGCCGACAUUGUCGCCGCCACGGGCAACUUCUCCAAGACCCUCAUGAUCGGGCGCGGAGGCUUCGGCAAGGUUUACAAGGCAAAACUAGACGGCGGUCAGGUGGUCGCUGUGAAGAGGCUAGGCAAGGAUUCAGAGCAGGGAGCAGAGGAGUUCAAGAACGAGGCGAUUCUUAUCGCCAAGCUGCAGCACCGGAACCUGGUCCGUCUCCUUGGCUGCUGCACCGAGGGGGCAGAGAAGCUGCUCAUCUACGAGUAUUUGCCCAACAAGGGCCUCGACGCCAUCCUCUUCGACAGUGAGAGAAAACUGGUGCUGGACUGGCCGACCCGGCUGGGGAUCAUCAAGGGCGUGGCGAGGGGGUUGCUCUACCUUCACCAGGACUCCAGGCUGACGGUGAUACACAGGGACCUCAAGGCCAGCAACGUUCUGCUGGAUGCAGAGAUGAGGCCCAAGAUCGCCGACUUUGGCAUGGCAAAGAUCUUUGGUGACAACCAGGUGAAAGCCAACACCCGGAAAAUCGUGGGAACAUAUGGCUACAUUGCUCCAGAGUACUCAACGGAGGGCGUCUUCUCGGUCAAGUCCGACGUGUACAGCUUCGGUGUGCUGCUGCUGGAGAUCGUGAGCGGCAUCAGGGUAAGCGCAACCGAGGGCAUCAUGGAGUUCCCCAGCCUCAUAGUCUAUGCAUGGAGCCUGUGGAGAGAAGGGAAGGCAGGUAAGCUGGUGGAUCCAUCCAUGGCAGGGAGCUGUUCACAGGAUGAGGCAUUGCUCUGCAUCCACGUGGGCCUCCUGUGCGUCGAGGACGACCCAAGCCGGAGGCCGCUCAUGUCGUCCGUCGUGUCCAUUUUGGAAAAUGGAAGCGCGUCGUCGCUGUCCCUCCCGACGCCGGUGCAGCCUGCUUUUAUCGAAAUGAUGGGAGACAAGAGCCAGAGAAGCGAUCUCGAGAACACCAGGAACACCAUGGCCAUGACAGUUCUGCAAGGCCGGUAGCACAGUAGUAACUGCAACUUUCUUCAGAAGGAAGCUGCACUGGUACUAGUAUUUUUAUUGGUGGAAACUCCAGAUUUGUAGAGCAUUUGUUACAGAUAUAAAUGAAAGAUGUAUUUAGAGGAGUGUUCAGUUGAUCAGCCUUGAAAUAGAUGGUAAGAAUGUCUUGCUGAAAUUGAAAUAUUUAUCAUGUUAGACUGAAAAAUUAUUCAGAAAAGUUGUGCA